CGAACCGCUUGAAAGCAACGUUGUGAACUUCAACGAGCUUUAUGGAGCACAGUGGCGAGUUGCUGGGGCCUCCGGUGCCUUCCAUCAAGAAGGCCGCGGCAACUCGGCACAGCGCAGGACUCCUGCCGCCGACACGGCCCCCACAGAAGAUACCGCCACCGCCCCAGGGCAUGCUUCGGAUCACGGUGGUCACUCCACGGAAGGGUGAGUACAAGCUGGAAAUCAGUGACGAGUCCACGCGUGAAGAUGUGAAACAGCAUCUCAAGGAAGCCAAAAGCUUGAACGAGCUCUACAACGAUCCCAUGAUUCCGAAGACUCGGGAUGAUGUGGAGGUUCGGAUUCUCUACAAAGGCAUCCCGAUGACAUCUCAAUGCUUAAAGGCCUUGGGCGUGACCAACGGAUCUAAGCUCCUAGCAGUACCAUGUCUUCGAGAGCCUCGGAUGCGUAUGCACAGCGCCAACAAUACUGCACCGCGGGGGCUUCUCAUGACCUCAACCAGGGCGUGGAAGCCGUCGCAAGCGCGAGAGCCGAGACAAGUGCUCUUCAUCACGCCGGAGGUGGGCAGCUACAGUGCAAACCUGGUGCAUCCGAUACUGAAUCCCCACCCUCCGCUGCCCAUGCCAACUUGAAGGAACUCAGGAACUUCUUUUCGUUGCCCCGGUUUCACCGGUUAGCUCAAAAGGGCUGGCUGCUAGAUGGCUUCCAAAUGAAGAAGCACCAAGGCAACGUGUGGCAGUGGGGACAGACCUGUCUCGUGCAACCGCGAUCUG